AUGUCAAAUCUUAACAUUGGUCCUGUUCGAGCAUUUAAUAUUAUGAAGGAAGUGUGUGGCGGGUUCGACAAAGUUGGUGCAAUCAAAGUUGAUUUCAAAAAUUUCAAAAAAGAAUUAAAUCUGUUCAUCGGAGAGUUUGAUGCUGAAAUGUUUGUCAAGCGACUAAUGAGGAAAAAAGAGUUUUUACCAAACUUUUCUUGUGAAUAUCAAACGACGGACGAAAGUGUGUUGAAGUGUAUUUUCUGGGUUGACGAGGAGAUGAAGAGGAAUUUUUAUAUGUUUGGAGACGUUGUAUAUUUGAUGCUACCUACAAGUGGAACAAGUAAUGACGGGAUUGAUUUUUUCUAUAUGCAUUGUGUUUUAGCCCUGCUGUAUAACAUGAUGUUUGUCCCUUUCACUGGGAUUGAUAAUCACAACAGGAACGUCACGCUUGGUGCUGCAAUUCUUGAUUCUGAAAUGGCAGAGACGUAUAGUUGGUUACUUAAGGUGAUCGAGGACGCAUAUGGGUACGCGCCUCCCGUGAUCUUUACUGACCAAGACCCUGUGAUGAAAAAGGCUAUAGCGGAUGUUUGGCCUGCGUUGAGGCAUCGGUUAUCUAUCUUAAAUGAUUUUGGAUUAACUGACCAUGAAUGGUUAACGUAUAUAUACGGGCUCCGUGAAUCAUGGAUUCCAGCUUAUUAUCGUAAAGAAGAAAUGUCUGGACUUAUGCGGACCUCAUCUAGAUCCGAAAGCGAGAAUCACUUUUUUGGCAAGAUUAGCAAUCCAAAGUGCACUUUGGUUGAAUUUCUUAGCCACUUCGACACAGCUAUCGAAGCACAAAGACAUGAGCAUCGAAAAAACGAUCAUGACAUAUACACCAACCCUGAGCCGUGGAGUGAUUUUGUUAUCGAGAAGCAAGCAGUUCAGAUAUAUACCAGAACUAUAUUUUUUGACAUUCAACUUGAGAUUCAACAUGCAAUUCAUCGUUGUACUAGUGUCAGAUUUGAUCAUGUCGGUGAUUUCAUUAAGUUUUUUAUUAAGGAUCUCGAUCAGCUAUGCUUUGCGUUCUUUGAGGUUAUGAUACAUGAGCAGGAUGUAGGAUGCACUUCGCGGAAUGCUGAAGGUAAUGCUGCUACAAUCGUUGAAGAUGAUGCUGCUAUAAUUAUUGAAGGUGAUGGUCCUAGUUCCAACUAUGUUGAUGUGUUUUACACAUCGAGAAAUAAUACGGAUCUGGAUGACGAAGACAUGGCAGAGUAG